AAAUGCCACAUCCUCGCUCAUGUAGAUGGCCGUCUAACAACACCCACAUGGUGCACCUAAUGCUAUGAAGUUUUCAACGAAUGCGAGCUUAGGCCACUGACCUUUUUUUUUAACUGCUUCUACAAUUUAUUUGAAGAGUUUAGUCGGUUCUCUCUGAGUUGUACUGUUCUUCACUCGUUGUCUUAGUAUAUUCAUCUUCAUCGCACUCUACAAUGGAAGAGGAAGUCGACGAAACUGAAUUUGAAUCUCAGGUUUCAGUGUACAUGGCCUGUGUCAUGCAUGGUCAUAGAGUUGGAGUUUCGUAUUAUGAUUGUAGCAUUCGUCAACUUAGUGUGCUAGAAAUUUGGGAGGAUGGUGCAGAUUAUCCAUUAAUUGAUCUAGUGAAAUAUCAAGCACAACCAUUGAUUAUUUACACCAGCACAAAAACUGAAGAAUCACUUUUAUCUGCAUUACAGCGAAGUGAUGGAAUAAACUUUUCUCCUACAGUGAAAGUUAUGAAAAGUUCAAUAUUUAGCUAUGAACAAGCUUGGCAUAGAUUGAUGUAUCUGAGAGUUUCAGAGAUGGAUGAUGGUUUAAACGUAAAGGAGAGGAUUGCCUUUCUUAGUUCUAUGAUGGAUAUUGCAAGCGAAGUCCAAGUUCGUGCUAGUGGGAGCCUUCUCGCAAUUUUGGAGAACGAAAGAAUUAUAGAUACCAUUGAACCAAAAGAGUAUGGUGAUGCAUCAAUUUCUAUCGAUUGUCUAACUGAGGUUUCAUUAAACAAAUUUCUGAAACUGGAUGCCGCAGCACAUGAGGCAUUACAAAUUUUCCAUGUAGACAAACAUCCCAGCCAUAUGGGAAUCGGUCGAGCGAAAGAAGGGUUCUCUGUCUUUGGAAUGAUGAACAAGUGUGUCACGCCAAUGGGUCGACGCCUUCUGAGAACCUGGUUCAUCCGACCCAUACUCGACCUGGAAACCCUUAACAGUCGGCUUGAUGCUAUAUCAUUUUUCUUAUAUUCGGGAGAACUUAUGGCAUCUUUACGUGGAACACUUAAAUUCAUAAAAGAUGUACCUUACAUACUCAAGAAAUUCAAUUCCCCAAGCUCUGUAUGCACAACCAGUGACUGGACAGCUUUUCUAAAGAGUCUUUCUUCCCUCCUCCACCUGAAGACGGUAUUUGAAGUAGGCGUGUCUGAAAGUUUAAAGGAUCAUGUCAAUUAUUUUAAUUUGGAUUUCAUUGAUAAGGUGGCUUUAUGCAUUACAACGGAGCUCUCCUAUAUUGAUGAGCUGGUCAUUGGCAUCAUCGAUGUAUCUAGAGAAAAGGAGAAAGGUUAUGGAACUAUAGUGAAAGAGGGCUUUUGUGAAGAGUUGGAUGAGCUGAGGCAAAUAUACGAGGAACUGCCUGAACUUCUAGAACAUGUGUCUUCAUUGGAGCUUGCACGACUUCCUAAUUUGCGCCAAGACAAGCAUGUCCCAUGCAUUGUUUACAUACAUCAAAUAGGAUACUUGCUGUGCGUUUUUGAAGAAAAGCUCGACGAUUACAUACUACAAAACAUUGAAGAUUUUGAAUUUGCUUUUUCUGAUGGUGAAAAUGAGCCGAAAAGGUUCUUCUACCGUACCUCAAAAACACGAGAGUUGGACGACCUUCUUGGAGAUAUAUAUCACAAAAUUCUGGACAUGGAGAGGGUGAUUACAAGAGACCUGAUAUCACAUGUUCUAUUAUUUUCAACACAUUUGCUUAAAGCUGUGAAUUUUGCUGCAGAGCUUGACUGCCUUUUGUCUUUGGCAUUAGUUGCUCAGCAAAACAACUAUGUAAGGCCCACUUUGUCUGCUGAUACCACACUCAACAUACAAAAUGGAAGACAUGUUUUGCAGGAAAUGACAGUGGACACAUUUAUCCCAAAUGACACUAAAAUUCUUGAUGAUGGAAAAAUUAAUAUCAUAACUGGCCCAAACUUUUCUGGGAAAAGUAUCUAUAUAAAACAGGUAGCCUUGAUUGUUUUCCUCUCUCACAUAGGGAGUUUUGUACCUGCUGAUGCUGCUGUGGUUGGAUUAACUGACAGGAUAUUUUGUGCAAUGGGAAGCAAGCUCAUGGCUGCUGAACAGUCUACAUUUAUGAUCGAUUUACAGCAAGUAGGCAUGAUGUUGAGGCAAGCUACGUCAAGGUCCCUGUGCCUCUUGGAUGAAUUCGGUAAAGGCACACUUACAAAAGAUGGCAUUGGUCUUCUAGGUGGAACUGUGAGCUAUUUUGCUAGCAAUGAUGAUACUCCAAAGGUUUUUGUCUGCACUCACUUAACUGAAAUAUUUCAUGAGAGCUUGUUACUGAAGUGUGAGAAAAUAAAGUUUUACACCAUGAGUGUGCUGAGACCAGAAGACAACAGUGCGCCGGUGGAAGACAUUGUGUUUCUGUAUAGAUUAAUUCCAGGACAGGCACCCUUGAGUUAUGGGCUACAUUGUGCCAUGCUUGCUGGUAUUUCUGAAGAUAUCGUAAAAAGAGCGGCUGAGAUACUAGAAGCAACUGAGAAGGGUAAUCACGUUGAACGAAUCUCUAAUGAGAAUGUAGAGGCUCAAGAUAAGCAAUACAAGGAAGCACUUGACAAAUUAUUGACAUUUGAUGCAAAGAAUGGAAAUCUCAACAUCUUUUUUGAAGAUAUUUUGCGUGCUUCUUAACUCUUAAGCCGCACUUCUUCGUUUUCAUUUAUUAUAGAACAUGAGAAAAGGCAAUGAGAAGGGGAGAAAAAUGACAUAACCAAACAAGGGGGAAAAUGCGAUGAGAGUACCGUAUUCACACAUAGAGGUCGGUUCUAUUCUACUUUUUCUUUUCUUAUAAUUUGAUUUCUAAAAAACUUCUCUGUUUCAUUAGUUAUCUGUGGUUAAUAGAGCGUAAUUUCAAUGGGAUUGGUUGAAUUUUGUGGUAACAAAAGUCUAAUUUGUUCCGAUGGUGAAUUCGCCUUUCUAAUGUUGAAUUGACGGAUGUGAUUUUGUGUUGCAACUGUGACUUGUGAGGACUUUGAAUUCUAAGGACUAAUAACACUUAACGCGACCUAACAUGACAAAAUUUUUCAGCUGCAAGGCACAGUAUGAGUUUCUUCUUUGCAAAUCGGAAUUCCAAAUGUUCGAGUUACGAUUUAAAGAGGGGUAUUAUGAAUAUAUUGUAUAUAUUUUAUAUAUUUUGACCGUAGUAUAACGGAUGGAUUAAGAUCUAAAAACCCGAUUAAAUAAUUACUGAGUGUUAAUAUGAACUCAAUUUAGGUUUAAAGACAAAACACAUGCAUUCAUAUUGGCAUAUUGCAUACUAACAUUUGCAUUUAGUCUGUAGAUGUUGCUAUCAGGCUUUCAUCACGGUAUACCAAACUCGAUGACCGUAUAUUAAAUAGACAGCACCUUCUUUGAUUUCCAUAUGGGAAACUUGACCAAUUUAACUCCUAGCAACCACCUAUUAACAUGGUCAAGCUAAGUGUGCUAGUAGUAUUAAAUAUAAACAUCUUCACUUCUUAUGAUCUCAUACUCAUACAUAAGCAAAAUAGAAAAUAAAAAUAGAGAUAUAUGUAUAUAUAGGGAGAGAGAGCAGCAACAACUACCAUCAGUACACAUACAUAGUUUUCAUCAUGGCUUCAUUCUUCAAUAUCUUCAGCCGUUUCUUUGAAGCAUCGAACUCGAAAACGUAUGUAUGCGAUGGUGAUGUUUGUCGACUGAGUGAAAGAUCAAGAUGUUUGGCUAAGAAAGAUAAGUUGAGCCUUCUAUUU